GCGAUUUAGUCUACAAACAUCACAUCCAGCCGGCAAUUGCUUCAUUCAGUGUUUACCCGUGAUCGCGAGAAGACAAAUUAUUUAUUUUGGGCGCGGUUCUCAGAACUUUGCUCCAACAUGAUAGCAUUACUGCUAAUCGGUGCAGUGACCUUGGUCUUUUUGUUCGUUAAACAACGGUUCAACUAUUGGAAAGUGCGAGGUGUUCCAUAUGUGAGACCAACAUUCCCCUUGGGCAAUCUUUGGGGCAUUGGCACGAAGAAACACUUAUCCGAAGGACUGGAAGAUUUGUACGUCCAGCUGAAGGGCAAGGCACAGCUGGGUGGAAUCUACUUCUUCAUCAACCCGGUGGUUCUUGUGACCGAUUUGGAUCUGAUCAAAACUAUCCUGAUUAAGGAUUUUAACUUUUUUCACGAUCGGUCCAUAUACUACAAUGAAAAAGAUGACCCUCUGACGGCACAUUUGUUCACCAUGGAAGGAAUCAAGUGGAAGAAUAUGCGCGUCAAAUUAACACCCACGUUCACAUCGGGCAAAAUGAAGCUGAUGUUUCCGAUUGUUCGGGACUGUGCUAAUGAACUGGAGAAGUGUAUUUCUAAGGAAAUCGUGGACGGCAAGGAGAUAGAGGUGAAAGACAUUCUCGCUCGAUACACGACAGAUGUUAUUGGAAACUGCGCUUUCGGAUUGGAGUGUAAUAGUUUACACAAUCCAAAUGCCGAGUUUCGUGAAAUGGGUCGAAAAGUAUUUCAACUCCAAGGGUUAGGCUUUCUGAAGUUGCUGCUGACGCAACAGUUCAGUACUCUAUCACGAGCGCUUGGCGCAACUGUUCUACAACCAGAUGUUGCAAAGUUCUUUUUGAAAACUGUGUCAGACAACGUGGACUACAGAGAGAAGAACAAAAUCGAACGGAACGAUUUCAUAGAUUUGAUGAUUAAGUUGAAAAACGGUCAGACUCUGGAGCAUGAUAAAAGUGACCAACGGGUGGAGAAGCUUUCAAUCGAGCAAGUAGCUGCGCAAUCCUUCGUUUUCUUUUUCGCUGGAUUCGAAACUUCGUCGACGUUGAUGUCGUUUUGCUUGUACGAGCUUGCCCAAAAUCAGGAUUUGCAGGAUAAGGCACGGAAAGAUAUUCUAGACACAUUGAAUAAACAUGGAUCGCUUUCGUAUGAAGCAGUUCAUGAGAUGAAAUACUUGGAGAAUUGUGUUUCCGAAACCCUUCGAAAGCAUCCGCCAGCAUCCAACAUAUUCCGUACCGCAACCCAAGACUACACCGUUCCAGGAACAUCUCUAACCAUAGAGAAAGGCACAUCGGUGAUGAUUCCCACACUGGCCAUCCACCGGGACCCGGAAUAUUAUCCGGAUCCGAUGAAGUUCGAUCCGGAUCGGUUCACCGCAGAUCAAGUGGCAGCACGUCAUCCAUUUGCGUUCCUGCCCUUCGGAGAGGGUCCUCGUGUCUGUAUCGGGAUGCGUUUUGGACUGAUGCAGGCUCGUGUGGGAUUGGCGACCUUGCUGAAAAACUUCCGAUUCACUGUGGGUGAACGGCUGGAAACUCCAGCUCAGUUGGAUCCGUCCAGUGCUAUUUUGUUGAUUAAGGGUGGGUUGUGGCUGAAGGUAGAUAAAAUUUGAUUAUUGUUCUAAUCUUAUAUGAGCCCAAACUACGUUUAAGUAAAUGUUUUUUUUGUUUUGCAUAAUAUAAUUAUUACGUAACAUGUGA